AGAGUGGGCGUCAAAUCCGUCCUCUUCCUGCAGCUCAUACAUGACUUCACGACCAGCGUUACACAAGUUGAGCGACUUCACACCGUGAGACAAUUUUCCUCCCAGCCGAGCCCUCCGACGAAGAUGACGGAAAGCUCCGCCAACAAGCUGCUGAACGGAGACGCCUGCCACCGCACCGCCAACGGCAGCAAAGCGAGUAAAAAUGGCUUCGUGAAGAACCACUGCCUGUUCCAACAGCCGCACAAGUACCGCCGCCCCAGGGAGAAGAAUCAGAAUGUCACACAUAACUCCAGCUUGUACAAGAAGCCCUUCUUGGAAUCCUUUGAGGAAACUCCUCUGCUGGUGGCCGUGCUCACCUACAUGGGCUACGGCAUCCUCACCAUCUUCGGCUACCUCCGAGACUUCCUCCGCCACUGGAACAUCGAAAAGUGCCAUGUGGCUCGCGAGAGAGAGGAGCAGAAGGAUUUUGUUCCACUCUAUCAGGAUUUUGAAAACUUUUACACCAGGAACUUGUACAUGAGGAUCCGAGACAACUGGAACCGGCCUAUCUGCAGCGUCCCCGGUGCCAAGAUGGACCUGGUCGAGAGAGUUUCUCGCGACUACAACUGGACAUUUGAGCACACAGGCAAAGUGGUGAAGGAUGUCAUCAACAUGGGUUCAUACAACUACCUCGGCUUCGCAGAGAACACUGGAACUUGUGCCGAUGCUGCUAUUGAGGCUACACAAGCUUAUGGAGUUGGAGUGGGCAGCUCUCGCUGUGAGAUGGGGAACCUGGACAUCCACGAGGAAAUGGAGCAGCUGGUUGCCAGGUUUCUGGGCGUUGAAUCAUCCAUGACUUUUGGCAUGGGCUUUGCAACCAACUCCAUGAACAUUCCUGCUCUCACUGGGAAGGGUUGCCUCAUCCUCAGCGACGAGUUGAAUCAUGCAUCUCUGGUGCUGGGGGCUCGCCUGUCUGGCUCCACAAUUCGGGUCUUCAAACACAACAACAUGCAAAGCCUUGAGAAGCUGCUGAGGGAUGCUAUCGUUCACGGGCAGCCAAGAACCCACCGACCCUGGAAGAAAAUUCUCAUUGUGGUGGAGGGCAUUUACAGUAUGGAGGGGUCCAUCGUCCGGCUGCCAGAGGUCAUAGCUCUGAAGAAGCGCUACAAGGCCUACCUGUACCUGGAUGAGGCUCACAGCAUCGGGGCUCUGGGGCCGAAUGGCAGAGGAGUGGUGGACUACUUUGGCCUGGAUCCCAAAGAUGUAGACAUCAUGAUGGGAACGUUCACCAAGAGCUUCGGUGCUGCUGGAGGAUACAUUGGAGGCAAAAAGGAGCUGAUCGACUACCUGCGGCGACAUUCUCAUAGUGCCCUGUACGCCACCUCCAUGUCUCCUCCUGUGGCCCAACAGAUAAUCACCUCUAUGAAGAUCAUCAUGGGAGAGGAUGGGACCACACUGGGUGCUGAUCGCCUCAGACAGCUUUCAGAAAACACCACCUACUUCCGCAGAAAACUCCGUGAAAUGGGCUUCAUCAUCUACGGCAAUGAUGAUUCGCCUGUUGUGCCCAUGAUGCUCUACAUGCCAGCUAAAAUUGGGGCUUUUGGUCGAGAAAUGUUGAAGAGGAACAUUGGCACAGUGGUGGUCGGCUUCCCAGCAACACCGAUCAUUGAGUCCAGAGCUCGCUUCUGCGUUUCAGCUGCUCAUACCAGAGAGAUGCUCGAUACCGCGUUGGAGGCCAUCAGUGAUGUGGGCGACCUGCUGCAGCUGAAGUACUCCAGACGUGAGCAGCCUCUUCCCUCUCUGGGCUGGAUGUCUGAGGAGAGUCUGCUUCAAAACUAAGCCGCAUCAUCCUGUUCUGUCACAUCAAACCCUGUCUCUCUCCUACUUCGAGCUUUUCAUGUCUGAAAUCCCUCUUUUGCCUCUCGUUUUUCUCUGAGCCAGUCUCUCCACUCCACCUCUCUGUAUCUCUUCACGUCAGAUUCCCGUGGACUCACCAGAACCAAAGUCUUAAAGGUCCAACCCGUUCUGAAACCUGUACAGGCCUGUGUUCAGGCUGUGAUCGAUCCAGCUGAUUCAUUCAUUGUCUGGGAGGACCAAAAUCACCCACAUAGAACUGUAACCGUGGUCAGAGCCUUUCAUUUUGUCCUAACUUAUUGUGACUGCAUUCGUCUAACGUCAAGUCUUAUUCCUGUGUGCACAUUGAAUGUGUAUCUUAUUUGUGCAAUAAUAACAACAAUAUGGAGUUCUUUGAUAAUUUAAACAACCCAGAGCAAAGUAGAGUUCUUACUUAUGCACUCGGAGAAAAAGAACUCUGAUCAUAGCGGAAAAAAAUGAUGUAUGUAAAUAUUAUUUAUAACACAGUUGGUCAUACUGCCUUAGGGUAGCAUCUCAAACCUCAAACAGAGAUACGUUAUUUCACAGGAGUAAGCAUGUGUUCUCCAUAUGUAGUCAUCUGAUUGCUCUUUUUUUCCUAAUCACUUUUACUUGAAUAGAGAGUAUCGAAUAUUGGGUUCUUUCCCUAACCAAAGGAUAUAUAAAUAUAUGUAUGUAUAGAUAUAUUUUCUACCUUUUGUCUUAAAAAAGAAAACAGAUGUUCCAAAAAGAAAACACAUAAUGGGGAAAGAACUCCAGGGAGCAAGACGUAAGGAAUAUUUUUUUUACUGCUUAUUUUCUAGAAAUAUUUUUCAGCUUUAUUUACUGUUUACACCUGCACUCAAAAAACAAACUUGAGCCUAGUGUCUUCAACAUUUCUAUAAGCUAAUGAGCGACACGUGAUUUAUUUUUCUUGCAUUCUCUUUCACGCAAGUGCUUUCAUGUGAAUCGGCGAUGUGUGCACGACGACACGCUUUAACUUGGAUCUGUACGUAUGGCGAUGGCGCCUCCAUCUGAUAUACAGACAGCUUUAUUUAUUAAAAAAUGCGUUUGUCAUCCUUUUGCUAUCUAUUUUUGUGAAAACUGUUAUCUGAAUGGCAGCUCCAAAUGUGUCCCGGUGGAGGGAGUGCGUUUUAACAGACUACUUUACAUGUCUUUAACUUCAGUGCAGCACUACUGACAGGCAUUUUAAAUGCACAGAUGACGUAGUCACUGAAAUCUGUAAGAUUCGUUUGGUUUUACUCUAAGUAUCAUUGUGUUUUUCUCAGAAUUUUAUCAUCUGUGAUCAUCUGCUGGAAUGACAUUCCAUAUCGACCUGCUUAUUGUUGUUUGUUUUGGUUUCCUGUCCUUUUUUUUUUUUUUUUUGUGAGUCACUGUCAAACGUGUUCAUGUGAGGGUUUUUAUGUUGUUUCACUUAAUGUGAACUGGAGGUUGUCAGCGUAGUCAGUCAGAAAGCUGGCCGUCGUCUGACAAUGUGACCAUUCCCACAAAGUGAUGAAACUCAACACAAGUUCAGAGAUGUUUCUGCAUUUUAGCACAGCAUAACCACUAUUUUGGGUUCCUUUUUUUUUUAGUACAUCCAUUACACGUUAGUCCCGUGUUUGUCUGAGUCAUUCCAUUAUUGUCUUUUCUUCACACAAAAAAAAGGCCUGCAAAAACAACUCGUUGAUGCAUUUGCUUUUAAUAAAUAAAACAUACAGCGUGGAACACAUGACUAUGAUCUGGAUGCACUCUUCAGAAAUCUGCUCUGACAUAAAGAAUUUUCUUCUCGUCGAAGUUUCCUCUCAAGCUGUCUGCAGCAACGUGCAGUAUGUUGGGUCUGUGCAUUUCUGUCCAUGUAGGCAAAAAAUGUAAUUGCAAACAGCAACAUAACUGUUUUUCUCAGCCAGGUUUCCCUCAUUGAAACUGCAGAUUUAAUGCAGGGAGAUCAUUCGAAUGCAGAGCAGCAGUGUGACAUUUUCCACCUCAGUCAUGUCCAGUACCUGUAAACCAACCUGCAGUGACCGAUGGAAACUUGUUAUCAGUUGCUUUUGCCCUUGGAAUUGUAUUUGGGUUGAAGAUAAACCACUUAGAGGAGUUUGUAAAGCCAUGAUGUUUGUUGACCACGAUGUUGGAAACAGUGCCGCAAAGAUUAAAUCACUUUCUUUGUAUGGA